CGCAUUAGCAGAGGAACAAUCACUUCUCAGUUCUCACGGUCGCGGACUGAGAAAGCGCUUUCUUGAAACGUCGGCCGCGCUCCUUAAACCUCCGAAAUCGCCGUCGCCGUCUUCCUCAUCGUCAGUGGUUGAUUGUCUCGUGAAAUCGCUUGAUCUCCCUUUGGCGUCCGCUGUUUCAAUCUCUCGGGAGCUCGGUGCCCGCCAGAAUGUCGUCGAAAAGGCCGAUUCCGUGCUUAGGUUAUUGCGUUCCUGCGGAUUCGGCAAAGCGCAGAUGGCUAAAUUGGUCACUAAUGGACCGUGGCUCCUGCUGUCGAAUGUGGAAUCGAAUCUCAAGCCCAAAUUGGAGUAUUUCCGUGGAAUCGGAUUAUCGGAAUCAGUCUUGUUCACUGCAAUAGCUGGGAACAGUAAGUUCUUUAGUAGAAGCUUGAAUUCGUACUAUAAACCGCAGAUUGAUUUCCUCAAGCAGUUUCUGAUGACCUCCAAUGCGUUGGAUAUUGCGAUUAAGCGCUGUUCCUGGCUUUUAACUGUUGACCGCAAGUAUUCUCUGGAACCUAAUAUCGAUCUCUUGAUAAGGGAGGGAGUGAGAGUUGAUGAUGUAGGGGUUCUGAUGCUGUAUCAACCUAGGACAUUAGUGAUGAAGGUUGAGAAGAUGGCUUCUGUUGUUAAAGCUGUCAAAGGUCUUGGAAUGGAACCGUCCUCUGCGAAAUUCAUACACGGUGUCAGGGUGAUGUCGUCCAUGAAUGAGUUGACUUGGCAUAAGAAGGUCGAGAAUUUCAAGAGUUUGGGUUGGUCUCAAGAGGAUUUCUUGUCCAUGUUUGUGCGUUGCCCACACUGUUUGGCUCUUUCUGAAAAGAAGAUUAGGAGGGCAGUGGAUUUUUAUGUGAACACAGCAUCUGUAGCCCGAGAGGUUAUAGUCAGUCAGCCUCUACUUCUUCAGUUUUCAGUUGACAAAAGGCUUCUGCCAAGGCAUAGUGUGAUUACAGUUCUGUCGUCCAAGGGCCUUCUUAAAAAGGGCAAACCUGUAACGCCGUUUAGACUACCUGAGAAGUUGUUCGUGAAGAGAUACAUCUUGAAGCAUGUGGAACGAGUUCCGCAUCUGAUGGAGAUAUACAGGGGCUCUGCCACUCCACAAAAGUGCUCCAUAGAAAAUCAGGGGUCUUAAAUUGAUCGCCUCCCAUGAGUUCAGGGUCGUGUUUGGCAAUCCUGUCUAUCUGAUUGGAAGCCUGAUUGAAUGUUCAAAUCACAGCGGGAGGGGACUUGAGACUUCUGAUAUACUUGCAGCAUCUAUUGGGUGAUUCUCCUGCCUGUUGAUUCAUCAUAAUUUGGCGCAAUCAGAUAUUGAAACGCUAUGCAAACAUUAGUUUGCACGUAAGAACAGAGUUUCGAGAAAGGCGGUACGAUUAACUGCUCUCUGCUGUUAAAUUGCGCACUGAAUCUGAAUCUGCUGACGUCAUGCUCUGGACACUCUUGUCAUGCCGGCAUGUUUGAUGUUUGAUGAGACUUAUAGCAGCCUCGGGACGAUGUCCUGUCUAAGGACUAGAUGUAAGAACUCCAAUUAUUUCGGUUGGUUCAACGAAAAACUGUCAUUAUGAGGUA